UCAACAGCAUUCAAUAUAACGCAGCCAUGCAGGGUUUCUCCUUGUUGGCUCUUAUCGCCGUCAGCUCCUUUAUGUAUUCAUUAACAAAUGCCAAAGAACUACAGAGGAAUGUUUCAUCGUCACAAUGCAAGUCGUGCUCGUCGUGUGGAAUGCCAGGACUGCCGGGAAUGCCGGGAAUGCCUGGAUCCAACGGAAUACCGGGAACCCCAGGAGUGCCGGGCUCACCAGGUCCUUCAGGUCCGCCGGGAAGAAGUGCCGACACGGGGGAAAAAGGUCGGAAAGGAGAUGCAGGAAUCUCCGGUAAACCUGGCUCAAGAGGCCCCCGGGGGCACAAUGGGCUGACUGGAGAAAAAGGAGAAAUCGGUAACACCGGGGAAAGGGGCAAUGAAGGAAUCCCCGGAAAAAUUGGUCCACGAGGCUACAAAGGCUCUAAAGGAGAAAUAGGAAGCAAAGGCGUGAAUGGUACGGGUAUCCCUGGGAUGACUGGCCCCAGGGGUCCCAAAGGACUCAAAGGAGAAAGAGGGAUCAGUGGAAUAAAGGGAGAGAAAGGAGAUGCAACAAACACUGACCCCAGACAGCCGGCCAACUGGAAACAGUGCGCAUGGACGUCAGACACGGAUACAGCCAGUGGGAUAAUAAAGGAAUACUCUUUUAACAAACUGCACCAAAAUACGGCCCUUAAAGUCUCAUACCAAGGAAACAUUCGUAUAUACGAUUUCAAUGCCAAAUGCAACAGAUGGUAUUUCAAGUUCAACGGCAAUGAAUGCAGUGGACCUUUGCCAGUUGACUCACUCCUUUACACUAAUUUUCAUAGCUCAAGGCCCAACGUCCAUCGUCCUCAUUUCUUUGAAGGUUUUUGUGAGAAUCUCCCACGAGGAACGGUUCGCGUUGAACUCUGGAUAGGCCAGUGCGCUCACUUCACACUGGGUAACGCUUGGACAGGAUGGAAUUCAGUGUCUCGGAUCAUGAUUGAAGAAGUACCACCAUCCCAGUAG